GGGGAAAGCUUCUCCUCACCGUAACCGUAAAAAAACAAGCUUCAUGCAAGCGGCAGCUGCAAUGAGACUCCCCGGAUGGCCAGUUUAAAUACCGCCGUUGCCGCGAUCGUCGCUUUGGUGGUUUCUGGAAUACUGGCCAACCCUUCUAGUUAUUUGACUGCUGCUCUUGAUAACAUGUUUGGUAAAACUCAGCAGCGCGUUCUCGCCACGCUGGGUGUCGCGUCCAGCCUCUCUGGUGCGCUUGCAGCCGAUCCCAUUGCUGUCGAUGGUACACACUUUGCUCUCAACGGAGAUGGCUUCUCCUACCGCUUUCAUGUGGAUAACUCCACUGGCGAUCUGAUCUCAGAUCACUUCGGCGGCCUCGUCACCGAAAAUGGUAUUAUGGAAGCCAUCGACCCUAUCCAAGGUUGGGUUAACCUCAUCGGCCGCCAGCGUCGUGAGUUCCCGGAUAUUGGCCGUGGUGACUUCCGAACGCCAGCUGUUCAGAUCCGACAGUCAUCUGGGUCUGUAGUCAGCGACUUCCAGUACAAGUCGCAUGAUGUGAGCAAGGGCAAGCCUGCUCUCAACGGUCUCCCUUCCACGUUUGGCAAAGACGAUGAUGUCUCGACUCUUGUUGUGCACAUGUACGACAACUACAGCUCCAUCGCUGCAGACCUCUCUUACUCGGUCUUCCCCAAGCACAAUGCGAUUGUUCGCAGCGUCAACAUUACCAACCAGGGCAAAGGCAACAUCACUAUUGAACGAUUGGCCAGUCUGAGCGUUGAUUUGCCCUAUGGCGAAUUUGACAUGCUCGAGCUGCGUGGUGACUGGUUCCGUGAAGCCCACCGUGUUCGCCGAAAAGUAGAAUAUGGUACGCAAGGAUUCGGCAGCAACACGGGCUACUCAUCGCACUUGCAUAACCCAUUCCUCGCUCUAGUUUCCCCUUCGGCCACCGAAACCCAUGGCGAAGCAUGGGGUUUUUCUCUCGUCUACACAGGUUCAUUUGCCGUCGAAGUCGAGCGCGGAUCUCAAGGCUCAGUCCGUACGGUAAUGGGUGUCAACCCCGCCCAAUUUUCAUGGCCACUUGGCCCCGGCGAGACUUUCACCUCGCCCGAAGUUGUUGCUGUCUACUCUGAUUCUGGAAUUGGCGAAAUGUCCCGCAAGUUUCAUCGUCUGUACCGUAGCCAUCUCAUCAAGAGCAAAUAUGCGACGGAGACACGCCCACCCCUGCUCAACAGCUGGGAGGGCCUUGGAUUCGACUACAACGAAACUACCAUUUACCGUCUCGCACAACACACCGCUGACCUCGGUAUGAAACUCUUUGUCCUUGAUGAUGGAUGGUUUGGUGUCAAGCACCCGCGCAUCAACGACCACGCUGGACUUGGUGACUGGGAGGUCAACCCCAAGCGCUUCCCCCAUGGUCUCCCCGCUCUUGUUGGAAACAUCACGGCUCUAAAAGUGAAUAACACUGACGACAAGCUGAAGUUUGGCCUGUGGUUUGAGCCCGAAAUGGUCAACCCCAACUCGACACUGUACGAGGACCACCCUGACUGGGCGAUGCAUGCGGGAGACUACCCCCGUUCGCUUACCCGUAACCAGCUGGUUCUGAACCUCGGUCUACCUGAAGUCCAGGACUAUAUUGUCGAAGUCAUGUCCAAUAUUCUCGGCAACUCUAGCAUCUCCUACGUCAAGUGGGACAACAACCGUGGUAUCCAUGAGGCUCCUCACUCUUACAGCGGACAUGCCUACAUGCUGGGCAUGUACAAGGUUUUUGAGCGACUGACUUCCAAAUUCCCUGAUAUCAUCUGGGAAGGAUGCGCUUCUGGUGGUGGUCGAUUUGAUCCCGGCGUGCUCCAAUACUUUCCUCAGAUCUGGACGUCUGACGAUACAGACGCCGGUGAGCGCAUCACUAUCCAGUUUGGUACAUCACUUGUCUAUCCUCCUUCAGCCAUGGCAGCUCAUGUUUCCAACGCACCAAAUGGAUUGACCCAGCGCAACACCACUAUCAUGUUCCGUGCCCACGUUGCCAUGAUGGGUGGAUCCUUCGGCUUUGAGCUCAACCCUGACGACAUAUCAGAAUCUGACCGCGCUGCCGUACCCCAAAUUCUCAGCCUUGCAGACAAGGUCAACCCCAUUGUCAUCAAGGGCGACAUGUACCGUCUGAACUUGCCCGAGGACUCCAACUGGCCUGCGGCCCUUUUCGUCUCAGAGGACGGCAACAAGGCGGCACUCUUCCUGUUCCAGUUGCAGGCACACUAUAAUAACCUCUUCCCACCAGUUCGCCUUCAAGGCUUGGAUGCCAAGGCUAAUUACAAGGUGGAUGGUAACCAGACACUAUCUGGUGCAACACUGAUGAACUUUGGCCUGCAAUACAAUUUCCAGGGCGACUACGAGAGCCGAGUUGUCUUGCUCGAAAAGCAAUAGUGGGCUGUAAUUAGUUGCUUAUCUCUGUGCAUACCCUCCGGAUAGUUGCCGUAUUGAGCAACAUGAGUAAUGAAGUAAUUAGCUUUUAAUUGAAUAUUCCUUUUUGAAUAGAUUUCCUAUCCCGGCUUGGCGACUCGCAACUACUUCUAGACUUUGCGCCAACCCUUUAAUAACAUGCAACAUGACUGGCUCAGGGCUGCGGCUCGCCGGCACUAGUGCCCGCCACAGCUCAGGGGGCCCCCUGAAAGCGCCCCUUUACAGUGGAACACGGCCGCUAGAGGUUCCCUAAUUCAGAGGCAAGACACUGCGAUUCAGGUUUGCGACGGCCCCAAUUAUGCUACAGUGUGUGGCUUGCUGAACGGCACACUACUUCCC